UUGUCUUUACUCCAGCUAUUUGCAGCACCUUCCUCUGUGUCAUACUAUUCCCUGCACUGGGAAGAGAUGGUGGGUUCCCUGGACUUCUCUCUGCCAAGAGGUCUCUUCUCUCUCCUGCUUCUCCAAGUGUCCAUGUGGUGUUCAGAUACCUUCAUGGUGAUUGGUCCCUCAGAGCCCAUUGUGGCCAUGCUGGGUGCAGACGCCAUGUUGCCUUGUCAUGUGUCCCCAGCCAUGAGUGUGGAGAACAUGGAGCUGCGGUGGUUUCGCUCUCAGUUCUCAGAGGCUGUGUAUGUGUAUCAGGAUGGAAUGGAGCAGGUGGCAGAACAAUUGGUAGACUUCAAAGGGCAAGCAGAGUUGGUGAAAGAUUAUAUUACCGAGGGAAGAGUAGGAGUGAGAAUCUACAGUUUCCGGGCCUCAGAUAAUGGAAUGUACAAGUGUUUUUUUAAGAAAGAUAGUGACUUUGACGAAGCCAGUUUGGAGCUAAAAGUGAUAGGUCUGGGUUCUGGUCCUCUCAUCCUCAUGGUGGGUCCAGAAGGUGGAGGAAUAAGAGUGAUAUGCACAGGGAAAGGAUGGUUUCCCCAGCCUGAGGUACAAUGGAAAGAUGAAAGGGGAGAAGAGAUACCAUCUAUCUCGGAGGAUGAGACCCAAGAUGAUGAUGGGUUAUUCCAGAUGGAGGCAUCCCUCAUUGUGACAGACAGCACCAAGGGAAAAGUGUCCUGCUCCAUGAAGAACCCCUUUUUGGGUGAAGAGCAGGUGGAAACCAUUUCUAUCCCAGAACCCUUCUUCCCUAGGACCUCUCCUUGGAAGGCAGCAUUUGGUGUGACUCUCCCUAUACUUGGGACUCUCCUGGGUGCUGUUCUGUUUUUGGUCUGGAGAGAACGGCAAGAGAAGAAGAGAGCAUGGCAAGCCGAGAAGGAAAAAGAGAAAGAAAGCAAAGCCAAAGAAUCACUCAAGGCAGAGCUUGCCAGAAGGAAGGAACUAUAUCAACAAGACUGGAGAAAAGCAAAUUUAUAUGCUGACUGGAGAAAGGAACAUUUCAAAGCAGCGGCUGUUUCUUUGGCUCCAGACACGGCUCAUCCCAACCUCAUCUUAUCUCAAAGUAGAAGACAAGUUUCUUGCAUAGAGAAUGUUCCUCAGAACUGUGACAUUCCAAUGUACCAAGGACAAGGGAGCUCUGAAACAAUCUGCAGUGUUCUGGGUCAGGAGCACUUUACUACAGGGAGACAUUAUUGGGAAGUGGAAGUAAACAUGGGGACGGAAGGUAGACCUGGAACUAGAUGGGCUGUGGGUGUUUGCUCAGAUACAGUGAAGAGACAGGGAUGGUUUAUAGAAAAACCAGAAAAGAAUUUCUGGGUAGUGGCAUGCAAUGAAGGGAAAAUUGAAGCUCUCACCUCUAAGUCAGAGUCUCUGUCCCUGAAGCAGCACCCCCACAGGAUAGGAGUUUUCCUGGACUGGGAGGCUGGGGAUUUGUCCUUUUACAACAUGAUUGCUGGGUCACACAUCUACUCCUUUACUGAGAUCACCUUCUGUGGGAACCUCUGCCCUUAUUUUAGCCUUCAGGGUCCUGGCACAUCUGUGACCAUCUGCUUAGCUUCAGAUCACACUGAAAAUUGUCCUGAUUCUCCUCCAAAGACCUCUGUAACUCAUGUAAGAAAUUGUGAUGUAAGUACCCCUCAAGAAGCUAAAUCUCUACUACCUCACUAAGAAGUGAAGUGUUGGCCCCUGUAGACAACGUCUCUGUUUCCACUCAAGCUGUUAUAGGUAUGUUCUCUAAGAAAGCUGUGCUUGCUUGGGUAAAGACUAGGUCAGUUUCACUAAAUAUGAUUAUAGCCCUUUCAAUGAGGGAGAGGGAGUAAUAGGACAACUUGGAAAUAUCUUGGGGAAUUUCAUGUAAUGUUACCUUUAGGGAACUAUAUACCCUCUUGGUGGGCAGGUACAAAAAGUUUUCUAUCACAAAAAAAAUCUCCAAACAAGUGCAUGGGCCUCUCUUUUGUUAAAGUGCUCAGUGUGUCUUAAAGUGAAUAUUUUGAAAGCAACAUUUAAAUAAAAAAUACAUCUUCUUGCUUUUUUUUUUUGGUCAUCAAAUAUGGAAUAGGGGGUGAUUUUGGAAGGGAAUGGUCACAUUCUCAAUACAUAUUACCACAGAUGGAAAUAUAAAGAAGUGUGUUCAACUUUUCUACUUUUUUCUCUACUUUUUAGUCUUUAGUGUCCCCUCAGCUUCUUAACUAUAAGUUUGCCAAGGGGUGGGAAUGACUUGGACAUAAAUUAAACCAUUUCAGUUGGGACCCAAGCGUCCUAGGAGGGGAAAGCCCUUUUCUUUUACAAUUUUCCACUGGCCAGCAGGUCCAGAAUUGUGUCCUAUGUGAGACUGUGAGAGAAAAAAGAAUUAUACUUUCUGAUUUCAGACAGAAAAUAGCUAGAAGAAAUGAUAAACAAAAAUAUCCACAGUAUUCAUGGAGAUAGAUAGAGUCAUUGUACCAUUGACUUUUUUGUCUUCCUUUCUGACCGUGUUCUUUCCACUCUUCAUGGUUUCCCUUGCCUUUACUGAAUCUAAGCCCUCUCCAGCUGCUUAUCCUAAGGUUCAUGUCUUCAAGGAUAUAAAAUAUACACAUAAAAUACGAGCUUUUCCUAUUAAAUGAACCCUCUCUUCCUGACAAUACUCCCGUCCCAGGUUCCACUUAGAUUUUUUACACUAUUGACAGAUCUCUAAACUACAAUUCCCUUUCAACAAUCUCCCUUGGAAGAGUAUCUCCUUAGUCUUGGCUCACUCUACUCACUAACUCUUCCAGGGCAUAGGGAACUGUAGGGUUGAGGGUGCAGCCUUCAUCUACAUAACUUGGAUUUUUACUGCAACUUUGAAAAUGGAAUUUUGUCCUCUUGUAAGAACUGGGAAGAAAGCAACUGUCAUUAUCUCCAGUUUUCCAAUUCUCUUUAAAAAAAGGAUUAAUGUACCUGAUAUAUUGAAAUAAAAGAUCACUUUUUAAGCAUUUCCCAGGCUUGCUUUCUCCCUUCAUUGCUGUAGACUUUUCAAAGGGGUGAGAUAAAUUGGGGAGACUUGCUUCAACAAGGUGUGACCUAAGUUGAUAAAUUACUAUGCUUGGAACAGUUGUAAGUCUGACCAGUUCAGGUUAGGCGCAGGGUGAGGAGGUGUAGAAAGUCCUAUUUCCGCUUACAUUCCAAGCCUUUCCCCCAUCCAGAUUUAUGAGCUACUAAGCAAUUAUUAUUAUUACUACAAAAGGUGUGUAACUUUUUCCAAACUGGUUCUUAAUUCUGAAAGUGUAGUCAUUAUUAGACCAAAAACUUUAACAGGAAAACUCAAAUCAUACUACAGACCCCUCCUCAAAACUUUCAUUUUAUUUUUAAAUUAAGGUACAGUAAAAUUGGCUUUUUAGAUGUACAGUUCCAUGAAUUUUAAUACACUAUAGGUUCAUGUAACCACCACCACAAUUAGAACACAGACAGCUCAA